CUUCUGUUUCUUUACCUUUCCCGGCAGAUUUUUAUUGGUGAGAUAUCCAUGUAUUUCAUAAAGUCAACCCGAGAAACCCUAAUUAUUCAAGAGAAAACUAUUUUGACUGGAGAGUGCUGUUACCUGAACCCACUGCUUCGAAGAAUAAUACGUUUUAUAGGAGUGUUUGCGUUUGGACUUUUUGCAACUGACAUAUUUGUAAAUGCUGGCCAGGUUGUGACUGGAAACUUGGCUCCCUACUUCCUGACUGUAUGUAAACCCAACUACACUGGCAACGACUGUCGGGUCCAUCACCAGUUCAUAAACAACGGCAACAUCUGCACCGGGGAUGUGGAGGUGAUUGAAAAGGCAAGGAGAUCCUUUCCAUCCAAACAUGCUGCUUUGAGCAUUUACUCAGCUUUAUAUGCCACGAUGUACAUAACAAGCACAAUUAAAACAAAGAGCAGCAGGCUAGCCAAACCUGUGCUGUGCCUGGGUACCCUGUGUGCUGCGUUCCUCACUGGGCUAAACCGAGUUUCUGAGUAUCGAAACCACUGUUCGGACGUGAUUGCAGGCUUCAUCUUGGGGAGUGCUGUAGCUUUGUUUCUGGGGAUAUGUGUUGUCCAUAACUUUAAAGGCACUCACGGAGCUCCUUCGAAACCGAAGCCUGAAGACCCACGAGGAAUGCCACUAAUGGCUUUUCCAAGAGUGGAAAGUCCGCUGGAGACAUUGAGUGCACAGAACCACUCUGCCUCUAUGACUGAAGUAACCUGAGAUGGAAGACCGGCAACAGAAGCUAUUUUUUAUUACCCUCCAGUACAACACUCCAAGACACACAGUUACUACAUGUCUAACUGUGAUGACCAGUAUUAUGUUAUGUCUAGUUAGAGGCUAAUGUUUUGUACUUUUUUUGUAUGAGGAAGUGAUGUAGCUUGCCCUGAUUUUUUGUCAGCUUUAAUAUUAUGAUGCCAGAAUUUAAAAGCAAAACGGAAAAAAAGAACAAAAAAAACCUUUUCUUGUUUAAAGUGUGCACUGAGGAACUACAUCUAUGGAAUUGUUGAUGUUGUUAUGUGAUAUUUGUACACAUUUUUUUUUUCAUUUUUGAAUUUAUAUAUCUUGAAAAGAAAAAAAAAAAAAAAUUCACUUUCACCUUUUCGUACCCUAAGAAGUGCUUCUACCAGUGGGUCAGGUUCUGAUCUGAGUAAGCUCAGCAUAAAUCUGAAGUAAUUGCAUCUAUUUAAUUCAGAUUAAAAUAAUGGUGAUCAGGAAUCUAACCCAAAUGAUACUGUCAACAAGUAAUAAACAUCCCUCCUUGAUUCAGUGAGCUACUUAAGCAUUCCUUCGCAUUACGGACUUCAGGUAGCCAUCCAGUGUCCAGGCUACUUGGCAGACUUGAAGUGUAUCCUUAAGCACCUCCCUGAAUCAAAGCCUGACUGUUCUGGUGUGGGUGAUUGUGCUGGUUAUUGAAGAAUAACUGAAACAACGGACUCGGUCUGCAGUAGAGACAGGCUGGACAUGAAGAUUUAUAGUAGUAGCUGAUAGCAUGUGAGCUGACUAUAUCAUCUCCCUAGAUCUCCGUUCCUCCCCGAGGCCCAGCUAAAGCUCCCAGUGAAACCUGGCUUCAGGAAUUGACUAUGGGGAUAUACAGCCACCACUGUGGAGCUGAGGCUGCGCUCUGAGUGUUUCAUAACU